CUGGUUGGCUGUGGUCGAUAUGGCGCCCUUGACUCUGGGAAAAUCCUCCCGUCUCGUCCAAACAUUUCGGCUGCUCGCGAAACUACGGUCGUCCCGUCAGAUAUUUCCACCGAGGCACAAUUUCCACCACACAGCCUACCUGUUCGGCGUCAAAGGCAUCGAGCUUCGGAUGCCUGCGCUAUCGCCCACCAUGACGGAAGGCACGAUCAUCAAAUGGCUCAAGAACGAAGGGGACACGGUCCAGCCCGGAGACGUUCUCUGCGAGAUUCAGACUGACAAAGCCGUUGUCGCGUACGAAAUCGAGGACUCUGGUAUCCUCGCCAAAAUUCUGAAGGACGCAAACUCCGGAGUGCAGCCGCUGAACACGCUCAUCGGACUCAUGGUCGAGGAAGGGCAGGACUGGAAGGACGUCGACAUCCCCGCUGGCGAGGAAACAGUGGCACCCAGCGCGACGGCUCCCGCUGCUUCCCAACCGAAACAAGUGAAGCAACCGGCCGGUUCGCGCUCCAAGGCGUCCAUGGUUGGUCCUGCUGUCAAGCACCUCUUAGACAUGUACGGGCUGAAAGCGGAGGACGUGCCUGCUACGGGUCCCCACAACGUACUGCUGAAAGCGGACGUUGCUCGGUACGUAUCCUCUAAAGGCAUCUCUGGCGCCGCGCCUGCCACAUCUUCUGCCGGCAAGCCUAAGCCGUUGGUUACUCAAUCGACAGCGUUGGCGGAGGAAAACGAAUACGAGGACAUACCUUUAACCAACAUGCGACGUGCAAUCGCCAAACGACUGACCCUGUCGAAGACGACGAUCCCCCACAGUUAUAUGAACGUGGUGUGCAACAUCGACGAAACGCUAGAGACCCGGAAGAAAUACGCCGCCGAAGGAGUCAAGGUGUCUGUGAACGAUUUCAUCAUUAAAGCAGCAGCGAUGGCUUUACAUCGAGUGCCCGCCAUGAAUGCAAUGUGGAAAAACGAAAGCGUAGAGCUUUUGGCCGACAUCGACAUCUCCAUUGCUGUGGCUACCGACACAGGCCUCAUCACGCCCAUUGUGAAAGCCGCAGAUGUUCUGGGCAUUGACGAAAUCGCCACGACUGUCAAGGCACUGGCCAGCCGAGCCCGAGAGGGCAAACUGAAGCCAAACGAGUUCGAAGGGGGCUGCUUUUCCAUCUCCAACUUGGGCAUGUUUGGCAUCUCGCAGUUUAGUGCAGUGAUCAACCCUCCGCAGGCUUCCAUACUGGCCAUAGGAGGAUCUGCGCUAGUGCCUGGGUGUGACGGAAGGCCGCUGCAUGCCAUGGUUGCCACUCUUUCAUACGACGCACGAGUCAUCACCGAGGAAACUGCAGCCGAGUUUGUGACAGCAUUCAAAGACCACAUCGAACAGCCGCUCAACAUGCUGGGAAUGCCUCUCGUAAAGCACAGUGAAGCACAAGGGCAAUAGGCCACAUACUCAAACUGUAGGUGACAAAGGCAGCUGCCACAUGGUGCGAUAUUUAUUCUGAACUGCUCAGCUUUUAUCCACACUGCUAGUCUCUUCGGUGUGUACUGCUAAAAAUAAACAUUCUCUGCUGUGACCAGCAAA